UUCCGGGGCUAUCAAGAUGUCGGCGCCCAGUAACGAGACCACGGGAACUGCGCUUAGGUCUCCUAUAGGAACGCCUGAAAAAAUCCGGGACUUGAUCAAUGAAGGGAUAGUGAGCGAGGAGCGGAGUGACGGCCGAAAGGACACAAGCAUUCUGUCGGAAGAAAACAACAGUAUUGAAGCCUUAGAAGAUUCAAUCUCGAAUGAGGCAACAAGCAAAGAAGCGUUCCUCUCCAGGGUGGAGACCUUCUCCUCCCUAAAAUGGGCUGGUAAACCUCCAGAAUUGUCUCCACUUAUAUGCGCUCAGUAUGGAUGGUCAAACAUAGAGUGUGACAUGCUGAAAUGCUCCAGUUGCAGUUCCUACCUCUGUGCUAGCCUCCAGUCAGCCUUGGACUUCACCAAAUAUAAGCAGCGCUGCUUGGAAUUGCAGGAAGCACUGAGGACCUCUCAUGAGAAGUUCUGCUUUUGGCCAGAAAGUCCAUGUCCAGAACAUUUCUGGACCCUUCUGAUAGCGGAGUCAUCUUCAGUUAUCACUGACUUUAUUGACCGUUUCCAAAAUCUUUGUCACUUGAAACUGCAACUUCCAUCCCUGAAACAUGAAGAUCUCAAAAGCAUGGACCUUACAGAGGAAACAGUAAGCCUACUACUUCACUUGAUUGAGGAUGAGCUACAGGGACAAAAGAAUGCUAUGCACAGCUUGGUCAGUGACUCUUUGCAGGUGCACAUCUCGGCCUGUAUUUUGGCACUUUGUGGAUGGAACAGCAGCCCUUCCUCUGGUUCUUUGCCUCUGUCUAUCAUUCACUGUCCUCGAUGUAUGAGGAGGGUUGGCCUAUGGAGCUUCCAACAGCUGGAAUCUGUAGAUCUGGACUUAUCAAUAGGACUGCCAAGCACUCCAAUGUCUCCAGGAGAAGGCAUCAGUGAAAGAAUACCUUUGGGAGUUAUGUCUCCGAACAGAAGGAUCACUCGUAGUAGGGAUCUUGAACAGAGCCCCUCCUUGGCUAGCACUCCGCUGCGCAGUGGAGGAUCUUCGGUCUCGCCUGAGUCAGAUACUGUACGGAGCCGCCCUGUGACUCGCAGCAUGGGACAUGGAGAUGGCCAAGGAGCUACAUCUGAAAUGUAUUCCAGUCCUCAUCGUAGGGCUAAACGCCCUAGACUCUGUUCCACUAGUAGUACGGAUUCUUCCCCCAAGGGUUGUUUUGAGCCACUAAGUCAGCACAAAAGUUGGUGUCCCUGGCUGACAGUGGUGAAAGGAGGUGAUAAGGGCAAAUCAGAAGCAAAAGAAAAUGGAAAUUCAGACCAGAUAGCACUUGCUGGAUGGAAGGAAGUAUUGCGAGUACUGCUUGGAGAGGAGAAAUCCAGGACCCGACUGGGAGCAGAUUCUUCAAGUGUCCCAGAGAAAUCUCACAAAGUCUUUCGAAUAUUUAGGCAGUGGCAAGUGUGCAGCUCAUCAUGAUGGCCAUGGGAUGUUUCGGCAUUUUCUAGGUGAUUUCCAGUUCCGUCACCACCUUCCAGCUUUAUCCAUACCAUGAGAUGAAUAUGCCUGUGUUCUGUAAAUUCUGAUCUGUGCUGAGGACUAUUUUAUAUAAAUUACUAUCCCCUCACAACUAAUGUAACAUUUGAUGUCCCAAAUAACUGUAAAAAGGAUUUACAGGCUAUGGACACCCUCGGAGGCAAUUUUUUUAAAAUAUCAUUGCACUCUACUUAUUGUGGGCUAAAAAUCAUGUUUUUAAUUGAUCUUUAUUAAAAAAUGUCAACCACUUUCCCAGUAUAACCGUGUGGCCUGUGAAAUUUGCAGAGCAGCAGUUUCUGUGUCUGCAUUGAAUCCCGUCAUCUAACGGCUCAUGAAAAUCUCUUAUCUGUGAUUUCCUGAUGCUUGUGGACACUUAUUUAAGCCAUAUUCUUAUCAAUGUGACAAGAAUUGAGCUUUAAUAAGUAUUUAUGAGCUGUCAAGAGUUUUAAGAACAGGGCAACCGUCUGAGCAGAUAGAAACCGACAGUCUGCAGAUACACUCUCUAUUAAAAUGAGUAGAAUGGAAAAAAAAAAAUAUUAAUUGCCCCAAAGUUGUCCAUAGCCUUUAAUUAUUAUACAGAUGGAAUAGGUCACUUACAUACAUCUGGGCAAUUAAUUGUGGACCAGGAACAGCUUGUAGUAUAUGGCUAUUUUUGGAUGUAUGUUACACUGUUGUAGAGCAGGUGUGCGAGAGCUUCAUUUCUUGUAUAUGUACUUGCAUGCCUUUCUUGCUGUAAUAAAUAUUCUGGAAUAUACAGACUGAUAUUGGUUUCUGUGGCGAUGGCUUUGAUUCCUGUAAAUGACCUAAAAUGUAUCCUCACACUAGGUGACAUUAUAAAAUAUGUUUAAGGGGCUGUUAAGGAUGUAAAAGCGUAUUACACUACAUGUUUCCAUCCUGCAGAGUCCUGCAAAAAAGGAUACUUUAACACAUACGUGUUUUUUGUAUGGUGAUGGAUGCCACUGUAUGGCAUUUGUUUACCAUAUAUACAUGUGUAUACGUUAAACGUGGGACAGAAACGUGAUGUGAGCACUGCCUAAGAAAUUAAAUGUAUUUAUGGCUUAAAGGGGUAUUCAGGUAAAGCAACAUAAUUUUUGAUAAACUGCAUUAAGGCUGCAAGCUGUGACCCAACCAGAACCCAUACCUCUACAUAUAACCAGAGCUUCAAUUUACCUUGCAAUCCAUUUGCCUAGCUCCUGUGUGAGCCUGCAACACACUGAGUAUCAUGGCGCCUGGUCUUUCUUCAUAAAACUACAAUACCCACAAUCCCUAGCUUUCCUGCUGUGAGUGUUGCUGUUUAUUGAUUGGCUGCCUGAUAAACAGUCCGGUCACGCCCCCCUCUACUCAGUAAUAACCACAGGG